ACAAUACGUAUAAAUAAAAAAUAAUAAACAGUGACAUUAAAUCAUUUGCAGUUGUAACCAAUAGCAUAACCGCAAUAACAAUAGCAACAAUAAUAGUAGCAAUAAUAACAAUAAUAGUAAUAUUAAUAAUAAGAAUAAAAAAAAAAUUAGGAAGAUAAUGAUAAAUUAAAAAAGUAAUUAGAAAAAGCAGUAAGCAAAGAUGAAUUAAGACAAAUAAUGAAAGAAGAAUUAAAGCCAGUAGAAGAAGAGAUAAAAUAACAAGGAGAUAAGUUAGAAAAAUAAAUAAAAAACACAUAAAAUGAGAUGAAAAAAGAAGUGAACAAAAUGGGUCAAUAACUAUCAAGAAACGUAGAUAAAAUGGCAAGACAUUUAAGCAAAAAAAUGGACUAAAUACAUGAUGUAGUAAUGGAAAAUCAAAAAUCAAAUUAAGAAAUAACAAUAAUGAUAAUAGAUUAAUAAUUAACUUAAUUAAAAGAUGAAAAAGAAGUAAUUAAAGAAUAAAUAUAAUAAUUAAAAUUAGAAUUACCAUAAAUUUAUUCGUUUUGCGAUUAGUUUUUUUCCUGUCAAUAAUGCACAAAGUAAAAAAAAUGCGGAUGGUGUAAUAUGGAAUAAAGAUGUGUUUAAGGAGAUGAAAAUGGACCUAUUUAUAUUUCUUGUAGUUUCUACAAUAAAAAUUAAUGUAGUGGAAGUGAAUGCUCAGCUUAUUCUGAUUGUAAUAGUUGUUUAAGUAAUAUGAACUGUGGUUGGUGUAAUGAUGAAAAAAGAUUUACCGAAGGUUGUAUUGAAAGUGAAGCUAAUGGAUGUCCUUAGGAAGGAUGGUUUUAAAUUGAAGAAAAAAUAAAUAAUGUUUGCCCAAUACAUGAAAAAAUAGAAGAAAAAAAACCAAAGAAAAUAGAAAAAUAUCAAGUUAAAGGAAUUAAUUUAAACACUGAUGGAGAAUAAGUUGAAGAUAAUGAAGAAAAUGACAAAAGAGAUGGAGAAAAUGAAGAUGAAGAUAAAGAAGAAGAUAAAGAAGAAAAUGCAUAAAAAAAUGAGCAAGAAAAUGAAGAAGAAAAAGAUUAAUAAUAAUUAAUUUUAGAAAAUAAAUAAAAAACGGAUAAUAAAACUCCUAGUGAAAAAUAAAUAAUUUAUUAAAAAGUAAAUAUUUCUAACUUAAUUUUAUUUAUAUAAUAAAAAAAAUAAAAAUAGAAAGCUCAUUAAUUAAAAUAAAAAGAAAAAAGACUAAUCAAAGUAACCAAAUAAAUAAAAUCAUUAACUUUAAAACUUGAAAAAGCGAAAAAGAAACUUCAAGAAAUAAUAAAAUAAGAAGGUAAAUUUCAUUAAGAAAAUCAAUUAUAAAACCCUGAUUAGUUUAUUAAAGAUAAUGAAGUUCGAUUUGAUGGCGAAGAUUUAGACGGAGAAAAUUAACAUGAUGGUAAACAUGGCGAAGAUGGAGAAGAUGGAGAAGAUGGAGAAGAUGGAGAAGAUGGAGAAGAUGGGGAAGGCGGAAGACAUUUUAACGAUUUUUACAAAAGACAUAAUCAUAAUAAUGGCAAAUAAAUAAACGAAAAUUAAAAUUAAGAAAAUAAUAAUGAAAAAUCUAAAUAAGAAGCAGAUAAUGAGGAAAGCAAAGAAGAUUAAGAUGUUAGCGAAGAUGGAACUAAAGAAAAAAAACUUAAAUAAGAAGAAUAAGAGGAUAAAAAGAAUAAAGAUGAAGAAAUAAACAUUGAGGAAGAAAAAAAAGAAGAAGAAAAAGAAGAAAAAGAAGAAGAAGAAGAAGAAGAAGAAAAUGAAAAAGAAAAAGAAAAAGAAAAAGAAAAGGAAAAAGAAGAAGAAGAAGAAGAAGAAAAAAAAAAAGAAGAAGAAAAAAAAGAAGAAGAAAAAGAAGAAAAAGAAGAAAAAGAAGAAAAAGAAGAAAAGAAGAAGAAGAAGAAAAUAGAAAAGAAAAAGAAAAAGAAAAGGAAAAAGAAGAAGAAGAAGAAGAAGAAGAAGAAAAAAAGAACAAGAAAAAGAAGAAGAAGAAGAACAAGAAAAAGAAGAAAAAGAAGAAAAAGAAGAAAAAAAAGUAGAAGAAAAAAAAGAAGAAGAAAACAAUGA